CUAGUCGCUAAUCCUUAAAACUGCAGGUCGUCCGUAGUGGAAAGCUUUGCAUCGAAGUCAACCCCGACUCGAAGCUAGCAUUCAUUUCCGAAAGUUUGUGCAUUGGAUGUGGUAUCUGCCCCAAGAAGUGUCCGUUCGAUGCGAUUACCAUUAUCAAUCUACCUACCAAUCUCGAGACCCAAGUGACCCACCGAUACUCCGCAAAUAGCUUCAAGCUCCAUCGACUACCUACUCCAAGGCCCGGCCAAGUGUUGGGUCUCGUUGGUACCAACGGUAUUGGAAAGAGUACGGCCUUGAAGAUUCUUAGCGGCAAGCUCAAGCCUAACUUGGGCAAAUAUGAGAAUCCGCCUGAUUGGGAAGAUGUCAUCAAGUAUUUCAGGGGAUCUGAGUUGCAGAACUACUUCACCAAGGUUCUAGAGGAUGACCUGAAGGCCGUUGUUAAGCCUCAGUAUGUCGACCAGCUCCCUCGAGCUGUGAAGACCCCCAACAAGUCUGUCAAGUUCCUCCUCGAGCAUAGAUCUGCAAUGGGGAACAUGGAUCAAGUUCUUGAUGUCCUGGAGCUCCGCCAUAUUCUUGAUCGUGACGUCAACCUGCUCUCCGGUGGAGAGUUGCAGCGAUUUGCCAUUGGAACAGUUUGCGUCCAGAAAGCAGACGUUUACAUGUUUGAUGAACCAUCUUCUUAUCUAGAUGUCAAGCAACGUUUGGCAGCAGCCAGAAUGAUUCGUACUCUACUAGGCCCGGAUAAUUACGUCAUCGUCGUCGAGCACGAUUUGUCAGUUCUCGACUACCUUUCCGACUACAUCUGCGUCCUUUACGGAAAACCCGCUGUUUACGGUGUCGUUACUCUUCCCCACUCCGUCCGUGAAGGUAUCAACAUCUUCCUUGAUGGUCACAUCCCUACCGAGAACUUGCGAUUCCGUGAAGAAUCUUUGACUUUCCGCAUCUCAGAGGGUACCGACGACUUCCAGGCUGACAAGGCCCGGGCCUUCAGUUACCCUAAAAUGGAGAAGACCCUCGGCAAUUUCAGACUUCGUAUUGAAGAGGGAGAUUUCACUGAUUCCGAAAUUAUCGUUAUGAUGGGAGAGAACGGUACGGGAAAGACUACCUUCUGUAGGCUGCUUGCCGGUGCUCUCAAACCUGACAGCACCAAUAAAGUCCCUGAGAUGAGAAUUAGCAUGAAACCUCAGACCAUCACGCCUAAAUUCGAGGGCACAGUCCGUCAGCUAUUCUUCAAAAGAAUCAAGCAAGCUUUCCUCUCACCACAGUUCCAGACGGAUGUUGUUAAGCCUCUUAAGCUGGAUGAUUUCAUCGAUCAAGAAGUCAAGAAUUUGUCGGGUGGUGAAUUGCAACGUGUUGCUAUCGUCAUGGCCCUCGGCCUGCCUGCCGAUAUCUACCUGAUCGACGAGCCGUCAGCUUACCUAGAUUCAGAGCAACGUAUUAUUGCUGCUCGCGUCAUCAAGCGAUUCAUCAUGCACGCUAAGAAGACUGCCUUCAUCGUCGAACACGAUUUCAUUAUGGCGACGUAUCUAGCGGACCGUGUUAUUGUCUUUGAUGGAAAGCCUGGUAUCGACGCACACGCCAACAAGCCUGAGUCGCUGCUUACUGGAUGCAAUACGUUCUUGAAGAACUUGGACGUCACCUUCCGACGAGACCCCACAAACUACAGACCUCGUAUCAACAAACUGAACAGUCAACUGGACCAAGAACAAAAGUUGGCAGGCAACUACUUCUUCUUGGAAGAAGACAGCUCCUGAAACGGGCGCUCCAUGGAGUAACGGCCAUAACGAUGGCCGUAAUCAUGAUCAAAAUAUACCACCAGCAUCGGGCACCGGCGUUUUAGGCGUUCAAAAGCGACAUGCUGCAUGCCGAGGGAGCGGGGGCGCGCAUGAAUCGUCUGGCGUGGAUGCAGAGAGUGGGGACGAAAGCGACGAGCCGGACGGCUAGCCACGGCUACGGCAGUCUACCCCCUGUUUGUCUGGUCCUGCAUAUAACGGAUUCCUGGAGCUCUCAUUGUUUGUUGAACGGAUGGGAGUCUCCCUAUAGUUUGCAGCAAAUUAGUAUUGCG